AUGAGUUUCUACGACGCCGAAGUUUUCAAUAAUUCUGUCAAUGACAACAAGGUCAACGACAAGAAAUCCAAGUCGACGAUCCACCAGAUCAAGAAGCUGAUCAAAUGCAUAAUAAAGAAGAAUAAGCACACCUACGUCAAGAACCCGCAGCCCGAUUACUACUUCGAUGAAGAAAUUAGCGACAAUCUCGCUAAUGAAAUCCUCGAGAACGAGAUCUUCGAAGACAUCGACAACUGUGAGGAUUUUUCAGCCGUCCCAGUAUACGAGAACGGUGAAAUGGACUUCAUGCCAGUUACGAGAGGACAGAGAUACAUCCCUGUGCAUUUCGCAAGAACCGAAGCCGGCACAUUCUUCUGGACAUCAAUCACCACUCCCGACGCCGAUAUUUGCUAUCACGGUGACAAGAACGCCAUUUCAAACUACCAGGUUCCACAAAGGCAAGUACCUAAUGAUAGAUGGGCUCAAGCUUAA